GCGAAAACAGCUUCAUCUCGUGUGAUUCUUUACAGGUUGUUACCAUUCGGCUGCUCCAGUAGUACCCUAUAUGAAAUCCCUUAUCUAAAGUUCCAAUCAUAGUUAACCCCCGCCUCUCUCUCUCCUGUUAGAGAGUAACUCCACCUGGUGGUAAAAUCCAGUGUCAGGUAAAUACAUAUGUGUUUUACAGAGGCCUGCACAAUAACAGGUGUAGAAUAUUGUUAUUACAUUAUAGCAUUAUUAGGAGUUUAACGUCACCGUUUAUGAUGUGUGCUGUAUGAGGUCUAUUCGCAUGCGCAAUAAUUCAACAAUAAACUUGAAAGUUGAAAAAGAGGCUUCUUAAAAAAAAAAAAAAUCUUCAAAGUCAAAUGUUAACUGACUACAUUUGAAUGACUACAAGACCCAAGAUCCGGAAGUAUAUUAAAAAAAUAACUCUGACGUCACCCCCCACGAACUCGCAGUAUGUACACAUUGGACCCUCGAGGAAGUUAGAAGAGGGAUAUGACAAGCCUACACGCCGUAUAGACCAGUGAUUCGCCACCAGCCCACAGAGGGAACUGCGACUAACCGACAGCGAGGAAGACGAAGAAUGCCGAGGAGAAAACAAUCGAACCCACAGCCCGUCAAAUUAGACGGUGUGGAGUGUGAUCCAGGUUGCCUGGUUCUGGACAGUGACUUCCUGCUUAGUGGAGAGCUCUGUGAGUUUGAUGACACAGAGAUCAUGGGGCUGGACAGAGACACAGGUAUGACAGUGUUCUCUCUAAGUGAUGACUGCACCAGCCUUCCAGCUUCGGGUGACUCAGCCUUCCCAGCAUUCCUCUCCUGUAAGGGGUGUCGCCAAUUGAUGGGGGCCGACCUUGACCUGGGAGCAGGACUUGACUUGGGGGCGGGACUCUACUGCCUGAGCUGCGAAGAGGGCCUCCAAUCAGAAUCACACACAGCCAUGGAGGAUACCUCACAGGGGGAGGAGUCAACCCCGGCUGUCCAAUCCAGUGGGGGGAAGGACAGGAAGAGGAAGAGGAGUAAGGCGGGUGACGAAGAAGUCUGUAUGAAGCUGUACGCGUGUUCUCUGUGUAGUUUCUCCUCUCGCUACUCCAACCAUCUAAAACGCCACAUGAGAACGCAUGACGGAGAGAAGCCUUACCGCUGUCCCCACUGCCCCUACGCCUCUACGCAGAGGGUCAACCUGCAGAGACACACACGCACACACACCGGGGAGAAGCCCUACCUCUGCAACGCCUGCAGCUAUGCCUGUAGUUCCCUGGGGAACCUGCGGAGGCACCAGCGCUCGCACAGCCAGGAGCCUCAGCCCCGGCCGCAACGCACACUGAAGAGACGCAGCAGACGAAAACACACACACAGAGAAAAUGGUGAAGAUGCCGUUUUGUCAGACCUGACAGUGUGUGCUAGGGAGGACUCUGAUUUCCUUCAGUCCCUUGGGGGGGUAGCCUCUCCCUCCUCCUCCCCCCGUCUCCCCCCCUCCGCUCCUCUCCCCGACCUCCUCUUCCCCCUCUGCUGUCGUUCCUGUGGCCUCACCCUGGAAGGAGAGACAGAGGCGGAGGGCAGAGGACAGAUGUGUAGUCAAUGUUCUGAGUUUGUCCUCUCUAAGGAUAUAGGCUCCUCCAACCCCACUGACAGAGAAACACCUGGUGACACAGACUCACACCCAGUCCGGCCGGGGGCCAGUAAGCUGUACCACUGUCCUCUCUGCCCCUUCCUCUCCCUCUACCCCAACCACCUGGCCCGACACGCCCACACCCACAGCGGGGAGAAGCCCCACCGCUGUCCCCAGUGCCCCUACGCCUCGGCCCACCUGGACAACCUGAAACGUCACCUCCGGGUCCACACGGGGGAGAAGCCUUACCGCUGUCCCCAGUGCUCCUACGCCUGCGGGAACCUGGCCAACCUGAGGCGCCAUGAGAGGAUUCACUCUGGAGCCAAGCCGUUCCACUGCUCUGUGUGUGGCUACAGCUGUAACCAGAGUAUGAACCUGAAGAGACACAUGCUGAGACACACAGGGGAGAAGCCGUAUGGCUGUGCUGAGUGUGACUACACUACGGGACACUGGGACAACUACAAACGCCAUCAGAGGAAACAUGGACACAACACCGACAGCUGGGACAAACACACACACCAGGACACUACAGCAGACAGCAACACUCAGCACUGAGACACACACACACACACACACAGCACUGAGACACACACACAGCACAGAGACACACACACACAGCACUGAGACACACACACACAGCACAGACACACACACAAACACACAGCACUGAGACACACACACACAGCACUGAGACACACACACACAGCACUGAGACACACACACACACACACACAGCACUGAGACACACACACAAACACACAGCAACACACAGCACUGAGACACACACACAGCACUGAGACACACUCACACACACAGCACUGAGACACACACAGCACUGAGACACACUCACACACACAGCACUGAGACACACACAAACACACAGCAACACACAGCACUGAGACACACACACAGCACUGAGACACACACACACAGCACUGAGACACACACACACACACACACACACACACACACACACACACACACACACAGCACUGAGACACACACACAGCACUGAGACACACACACACAAACACACAGCACUGAGAGACACACACACACACACAGCACUGAGACACACACAAACACACAGCACUGAGACACACACAAACACACAGCACUGAGACACACACACACACACACACAGCACUGAGACACACACACACACACAGCACUGAGACACACACAAACACACAGCACUGAGACACACACAAACACACAGCACUGAGACACACACACACAGCACUGAGACACACACACACAGCACUGAGACACACACACACACAGCACUGAGACACACACACAGCACUGAGACACACACACACACACAGCACUGAGACACACACACACAGCACUGAGACACACACACACAGUACUGAGACACACAGCACUGAGACACACAGCACUGAGACACACACACAGCACUGAGACACACACACACAGCACUGAGACACACACACACACACAGCACUGAGACACACACACACACACAGCACUGAGACACACACACACACACAGCACUGAGACACACACAAACACACAGCACUGAGACACACACAAACACACAGCACUGAGACACACACACACACAGCACUGAGACACACACACACACACACACACAGCACUGAGACACACACACAGCACUGAGACACACACACAGCACUGAGACACACACACACACACACACACACACAGUACUGAGACACACACACAGCACUGAGACACACACACACACACACACAGCACUGAGACACACACACACAGCACUGAGACAGACACACAGCACUGAGACACACACACACAGCACUGAGACACACACACACAGCACUGAGACACACACACACACACACAGCACUGAGACACACACACACACACACACAGCACUGAGACACACACACACACAAACACACAGCACUGAGACACACACAAACACACAGCACUGAGACACACACACACACAGCACUGAGACACACACACACACAGCACUGAGACACACACACACACACAGAGAGCUGAGACACACACACACAGCACUGAGACACACACACACACAGCACUGAGACACACACACACACACACACACACACACACACACAGCACUGAGACACACACACACACACACAGCACUGAGACACACACACACACACACAGCACUGAGACACACACACACACACAGCACUGAGACACACACAAACACACAGCACUGAGACACACACACACACACACACAGCGCUGAGACACACACACACACACACAGAGCUGAGACACACACACACAGCACUGAGACACACAUACACACACAGAGCUGAGACACACACACACAGCACUGAGACACACACACACACACACACACACAGAGCUGAGACACACACACACAGCACUGACACAUACACACACGACCACAGACCAACACUGAAUUCAAGAAGCGGAACCAUAACCGGGGAGAGGUGUGUGUGUGUGUGUGUGUGUGUGUGUGUGUGUGUGUGUGUGUUGCAAUGGUGACCCCCGACCCCUAUCUCUGCUCUCCCUCAGAGGGGCGGGACUUAUCUCAGGAACCUUUUAGAGGUGGAGCUACAUGUGCUGGUUUCCUGGAUCUGAACACUCCACUGGUCUUAGGGCAUUAAAUGGUGUGUCUGUGGGAUUCAAGAUUCAUCCUUUUUUUUUUUUGAAUGGUUAAAUGUUGUUUUUAAUAAAGUAGAUGCAUUUUUUGAAAAUGUAUGUUUUGAUUGAGAUUUAGGCCAUUUCUAAAUUGUAUAUUCCAAAACAAAAAAAAAUCCUUCUGUAAAGAAUGUAAUUGUGAAACAGAUAAAGUUUAUUUUUGCAACAAAUGAUGAUAUAUUUUAGUUGAUUUGAACAAUGUUUCACAGAAAAUAGUAUUGGCAGACCACGUUGCAUUCUCACUGGAGACGAUGUCUAGCACACCUUAGCAGUUUCAAAAUGUUUAGGAACAGAAAUGGAGAGUUUGAAGUCUGUCCCUUUUGCUUCCAUUUGCCUCUUCGUAAAUACACCCCUGCUGAUUGUAAGGCUACUCAGAGAACAGACAGGACCCCUGCUGAUUGUAAGGCUACUCAGAACAGACGGGACCCCUGCUGAUUGUAAGGCUACUCAGAACAGACGGGACCCCUGCUGAUUGUAAGGCUACUCCGAGAACAGACAGGACCCCUGCUGAUUAUAAGGCUACUCAGAGAACAGACAGGACCCCUGCUGAUUGUAAGGCUACUCAGAACGGACAUGACCCCUGCUGAUUGUAAGGCUACUCAGAGAACAGACAGGACCCCUGCUGAUUGUAAGGCUACUCAGAGAACAGACAGGACCCCUGCUGAUUGUAAGGCUACUCAGAACAGACGGGACCCCUGCUGAUUGUAAGGCUACUCCGAGAACAGACGGGACCCCAGCUGAUUGUAAGGCUACUCAGAGAACAGACAGGACCCCUGCUGAUUGUAAGGCUACUCCGAGAACAGACGGGACCCCUGCUGAUUGUAAGGCUACUCAGAGAACAGACAGGACCCCUGCUGAUUGUAAGGCUACUCCGAGAACAGACGGGACCCCUGCUGAUUGUAAGGCUACUCAGAGAACAGACAGGACCCCUGCUGAUUGUAAGGCUACUCAGAACAGACAUGACCCCUGCUGAUUGUAAGGCUACUCAGAACAGACAGGACCCCUGCUGAUUGUAAGGCUACUCAGAACAGACAGGACCCCUGCUGAUUGUAAGGCUACUCAGAGAACAGACAGGACCCCUGCUGAUUGUAAGGCUACUCAGAACAGACGGGACCCCUGCUGAUUGUAAGGCUACUCAGAGAACAGACAGGACCCCUGCUGAUUGUAAGGCUACUCAGAGAACAGACAGGACCCCUGCUGAUUGUAAGGCUACUCAGAACAGACAGGACCCCUGCUGAUUGUAAGGCUACUCAGAGAACAGACAGGACCCCUGCUGAUUGUAAGGCUACUCCGAGAACAGACGGGACCCCUGCUGAUUGUAAGGCUACUCAGAGAACAGACGGGACCCCUGUUGAUUGUAAGGCUACUCCGAGAACAGACGGGACCCCUGUUGAUUGUAAGGCUACUCAGAACAGACGGGACCCCUGCUAAUUGUAAGGCUACUCAGAGAACACACAGGACCCCUGCUGAUUGUAAGGCUACUCAGAACAGACAGGACCCUUGCUGAUUGUAAGGCUACUCAGAACAGACAGGACCCCUGCUGAUUGUAAGGCUACUCAGAACAGACAGGACCCCUGCUGAUUGUAAGGCUACUCAGAACCGAUGGGACCCCUGCUGAUUGUAAGGCUACUCAGAGAACAGACAGGACCCCUGCUGAUUGUAAGGCUACUCAGAACAGACGGGACCCCUGCUGAUUGUAAGGCUACUCAGAGAACAGACAGGACCCCUGCUGAUUGUAAGGCUACUCAGAGAACAGACAGGACCCCUGCUGAUUGUAAGGCUACUCAGAACAGACGGGACCCCUGCUGAUUGUAAGGCUACUCCGAGAACAGACAGGACCCCUGCUGAUUGUAAGGCUACUCAGAGAACAGACAGGACCCCUGCUGAUUGUAAGGCUACUCCGAGAACAGACGGGACCCCUGCUGAUUGUAAAGCUACUCAGAGAACAGACAGGACCCCUGCUGAUUGUAAGGCUACUCCGAGAACAGACGGGACCCCUGCUGAUUGUAAGGCUACUCAGAGAACAGACAGGACCCCUGCUGAUUGUAAGGCUACUCAGAACAGACGGGACCCCUGCUGAUUGUAAGGCUACUCAGAACAGACGGGACCCCUGCUGAUUGUAAGGCUACUCAGAACAGACGGGACCCCUGCUGAUUGUAAGGCUACUCAGAGAACAGACAGGACCCCUGCUGAUUGUAAGGCUACUCAGAGAACAGACAGGACCCCUGCUGAUUGUAAGGCUACUCAGAGAACAGACAGGACCCCUGCUGAUUGUAAGGCUACUCAGAGAACAGACAGGACCCCUGCUGAUUGUAAGGCUACUCAGAGAACAGACAGGACCCCUGCUGAUUGUAAGGCUACUCAGAGAACAGACAGGACCCCUGCUGAUUGUAAGGCUACUCAGAGAACAGACAGGACCCCUGCUGAUUGUAAGGCUACUCAGAGAACAGACAGGACCACAGUAACUGUCUGCACAUUGUGCCUUCUACAUCUCUAGUACUGAAAUAAAGACUUUUGACUGAA